GCGGCUGGUGGAACAGACCGCGCCGGACCCUGUGUGGGAGGCGGCCCGCGGCUGUACCAGCCCCGUCCCCCUGGGACACCCCCCCUCACCUGCGGUGGGCACCUCCAGCACUGGAGUGGCCAGGUGAUUCUUCACCUGAGGGCCUUUUCCCCCAACCUGACUUCACCUAGGGACUACUCCUGCACUGGAAUUGCCAGGAAAACUGAGUGAAAUACAACCAAAUGGACUCCUCGAAGCUUUUGCUUUGAUCUGCUGAGGAUCUGGUGUCUACAUCUGUAACCUCUAACUUCUCAGUGCUAUGGAACAAAGUGAGGGUGAGCAGGUGCCCCAGCCAGAGAGUCAUGAGGACAGCAAGAGCAAUGUGAAAUCGUUGCCUGGGGGACCUGUCCAUGUCUGGGGAGAAAUAAAAAAACACGCAGUUACAGAUGACUAUAAGCUCUCCAAACGGGUGCUAGGCUUGGGUGUUAAUGGCAAAGUACUGGAGUGUUUUAACAAGGUGACAGAGCAGAAAUGCGCUUUAAAGCUCCUGUAUGACAGCCCAAAAGCACGACAGGAGGUGGAUCAUCACUGGAAGGCGUCAGGGUGUCCCCAUAUUGUCCACAUUCUGGAUGUGUAUGAGAACAUACAUCAGGGGAAAAGAUGCCUCCUCAUCGUCAUGGAAUGCAUGGAGGGAGGGGAGCUAUUCAGUAGGAUCCAGGAGCGAGGAGACCAAGCUUUCACGGAGAAAGAGGCCUCUGAAAUAAUGAGAGACAUCGGAACAGCCAUCCAGUAUCUGCAUGCAAUGAACAUUGCCCAUAGAGAUGUCAAGCCUGAAAACCUACUUUACACAUCCAAAGAAAAGAAUGCAGUACUCAAGCUCACAGACUUUGGGUUUGCCAAAGAGACCACUGUACAGAAUGCACUGCAGACGCCCUGUUACACUCCUUAUUAUGUGGCCCCGGAAGUCCUUGGUCCUGAGAAAUAUGACAAAUCAUGUGACAUGUGGUCUCUUGGUGUUAUCACAUAUAUUCUCCUGUGUGGGUUUCCUCCAUUUUACUCCAACACCGGACAAGCCAUUUCCCCAGGGAUGAAAAGGAGAAUUCGGAUGGGGCAAUAUGGGUUUCCCAAUCCAGAAUGGUCUGAAGUAUCAGAAGAAGCCAAGCAGCUGAUUCGUCACUUGCUUAAGACAGACCCGACUGAGAGAAUGACGAUUUCUCAGUUUAUGAAUCAUCCUUGGAUUAAUAAAUCAAUGGUGGUACCGCCAACCCCUCUUCAUACUGCACGGGUCCUGCAAGAGGAUAAAGACCACUGGGAUGAAGUGAAGGAAGAGAUGACAAGUGCUUUGGCUACCAUGAGAGUGGACUACGACCAAGUGAAAAUCAAAGACUUGAAAACAUCCAACAACCGCCUCCUCAACAAACGCCGCAAGAAACAGAAACAGGCAGGCACCUCCUCCGCAGCCCCAGGAUGUAACAACCAAUGAGAAUAAAGGAGAGGAGGCUGAGGACUUGAGGGUUAAAAUUAAAAGGAACAAAUAAAAAUGAACAGUCAGCUCACCCUAUACCACAAAGGGGCUGGCCUGACAAAAAGAGGAACCUGGCCUGCAAAAGGGGGGGAAGUGUUAAAGAUUACAUCAUUCUAGAACUUUUUCUGGGCUUUGCUUUUCAAGGGGGAUUUGUUCUUGUCAUAUGAUUUUUGCAUUUUGCCAGGGGUACCUAGCAGUACCAGAAAUUGUGGAAUUUUGACACAGCUUUAGCUGUUUUGGGGCAGCAGAGGGUACAGGAGAUCAAGUCUUAGGAUACUGAUGCACAAAGGCCUGUGAGAGUGACUUCUACUGUGAUUUUAAGCUUGUGGAGGGGAAGACCAAAGUGUUCUGGUAGGAGAGGUUCAAGAGUUCAGGCACGGGGAAUGGAGUGAAACAUCACUGCCUUCUUCACACAAGCAGCACAGUGUCAACUCUUGGUGUUGCUGGCGCAUCUGAAUCGCAGCUCAUGCUAGCAUUGGUUAGAACAGUGAGUGUUUUUCAGGUUUAACUCCUACAGCUGCACAUUAUCAGCUGAACAGGGAACCACUGUCCUUGGUUUGGGAAAACCUUCCUGUGCAGCUAAUGGAUGGAAUAAGGGUUUCUUCUUGCAUUUCCUUAUUCACACAGAUCCUUAGUCUUAUGUGAAAUUCAGGUUUUGUAGUACUUUUCUAAUUCAGUAGUUUGUUCAUUUUCUACAGUUACAAUGAUGCCGUGUCUGUUCUAUUGGCAUAUCCCUCUCUUGCGUUUUUUGUUUUUGUUUUUAAAAUCCAUGGCAAUAUUUUACAUAAAACUGUUUGUUUUUAAUUAGAACUCAGAACAUGUCAUUAAUCCUUCUGAGUCUGUGAACCUUCAGUGAACACACCUGGAUAACUAUCAUAUACACACCUCUGCUCUAAAGAGAGGCGUCUGAAGUCCACAAAGAAAUGGAAAGUGUUGUUCUCUGUAGGAAAUCCCAUUGGCUGACUUCAUCCAGUAUAUUACAUGCAGGUCUUAUGCCUGAUGUAAGGUGCUUAUUUCUGUUAGGUUUUACGUGCUGUGCUUUAACAAGCAAACUUUAAAUCUUGGGGAGUAUCUUGACCCAUUCUGACACUAGCAAGUGUAAACCUAUGUCAGCAAUACUGCUGGAUCCAGAGUCCCAAUAUAGAUAUGCACCCAUUGUCUUUUUUUCCUAACUCAAACUUCUGUUUUAUGGUAUUCUAGCUGUGGUUUGUUAAUUUGUUCUUCUACUUUAUGUUCAGAUUGUUUCCUCUUACUUCAUUACGGGUUUCAUUUGAGGCAAGCAAAAUAUCAUCAAGAAUGUUGAGAGUUUUUAAUGUGAAAUUAAGUGCUUCCAUUGGUGAAAAUAAACACAUUGUAACAUGGGAAAUGAGGGCCUGAAAGGGUCAGACAAGAGGACAACAGUGUAUAGGAAGCAAAGCAAUCAUGCCAAACAGGGUCUGGAUCUUCCAAUCUAUCUGAAAGCCACACUGAACUUUUACCUCUCCACUGAAGAUUUGCUUGAUGCUUUGACCUUACAGAUGGGCUGUGCUCCCAUACAGGAAGCACUGGCUAUCCCUACAAACCAUCCACUUUUUUUGUGUAAUCUUAGGAUUUUACAAAAUCAUUUUAAUAAAUCAUGAUG